AUGACUCCUCUGCCGCUCCGCCGCCUCCACUUCCACAUCCUUCUCGUGCUCCUUGCAGCAUCAGCCGCGCAGGCCACCGACCCCAGCGGCUGCAGCGGGGGCGACCGCUGCGGCGAUCUCGUCCUCCCCUACCCUUUCCAUCUCAACUCUUCCUGUGUCAGCGCCGGAGCCAACUCCUCCCUCUUCCGCCUCUCCUGCAACGCCAGCGCCACCCUCACCCUCGCGCUCGGUUCCGCCACAUUCCGGGUCCUCGCCUUCCUCCCCUCAGGAUCGCUCCUCCUCGACUACGCCCCUGCGUCGCCGUCCCCAUGCGACGCGGCCUACGCCCCCUUCUCACGACCGACCUCCCCGGCGGCUGCGCUCGACGCCGCGCCCUUCCUCGCCAUUACGCCGGCCAACGUGCUCCGCCUCUACGCCUGCGAGGACUCGUCUCUCUGCCGCGCCGGCUGCGAUGAUGUCGCGACGUGUGGGGGCAAGUCUGGGUGCUGCUACCCGCUCUCGGACUGCAGCGUCUGGAAGCCCGGGAAGGGGCUGGGCGUUUUCGCCGACUACGGGUGCCGGGGUUUCUCGAGCUGGGUCAAGAACCGGUCGGCGCCAGCAGGGGCAGCAAGCGGGGUUGUGAGGGGGAUCGAGGUCGAGUGGGCCGUGCCGAGGGGCAGCGCCAUGGCAAAAUGCGCCGAUGGCGCGGCGCUCGUGAAUGCCACGGCACUGCACGACGGCGUGCGGUGCGCGUGCGCUGCGGGUCUCGUCGGCGACGGCUUCGCACAGGGCACAAGUUGCUCCAAAGGCACAUCCUGCAGCAAUGGUGAGCAUGCAGAUGACGGCAGGGAGUGUUGCCAGGGACGAUUCUGCUCCAAGAAGGCAGUCGUCCUUGCUGGAUUUUUCGUUUCGCUGUUCUUCCUGGCGGCGGCAGUCUCGUUCUGGCUGUUCCUGAGACAGCCUUCCAAGGACAGCCGGUGGGACCUCGACCCGGCGUGCAUCCCCAAGAUCCUCCGGAGCGCGUGCGACGCGAAGCAGUUCACGUACGAGCAGCUGGAGGAAGCAACGAAGAGGUUCGACAGCAGGAUCGGUUACGAGACGCAGGGGAAGCUGAGGCUGGUCCUGGACCGGAUCGAGCUCCUGUCCGAGAUCUCUCACCCAAACAUCGCCCGCGUCGUGGGCUUCUGCCUCUACUCCAGCAACGCGCUGCUGCUGGUGCACGAGCACUUCGCCGGGGGCACGCUGGAGGAGCACCUGCGCCAGAUGAAGUGCCGCGUCCUCAGCUGGUACCACCGGGUCAACAUCGCCAUCGAGCUCGCCAGCGCCCUCACGUACCUGCAGGCGCACGAGACAGCCCCGACCUUCCUGUACGACCUCAGGUCCAGCGAGAUCUUCCUGGACACCGACUUCGCCGCCAAGAUCGCCGACUACAAGCUCACGAGGCCGGCGACGUACUACUCCGCGUCGUACGACCAGGAUGUCGUGUGCAACUUCGGCCACCUCCUGAUCGAGCUACUGACGGGGCUGAGGCAGCAGAUCCCGCUCGACUCGGUCGCGCCCAAGUUGAGGGAAGGGAGGCUCCACGAGGUCAUCGACCCGACGCUUCUGUCGGGAAAGCAGCUCCCGGCCUCGCACGAUGAGGUGAGGAAGGUGUUCGAGCUCGCCGUCCGGUGCCUGUCCAGCGCCGAGAACGGGCUCUGCAUGCUCGCCGUCGCCAGAGAACUGAUGCACAUUCUGAGGGACAACAACGGGUGGCUUGAGGACUCCAUUGUCUGCACAGGAGUAGUGGGCUCGAUCCCCUAA